AUGGCGUCGACGAGCCUACAAGUGAAACGUUCUUCGUCUCACCUCGAAGCUGCUGACAACAAGCGCCCGAAACAUCAUUAUCAUCGUCAUCACCGCCUACAGGAACCUAUCACCCUGCCACUUUCGUCCGAGCCGGCUGUACAAGAUGAGACCCAUUUCGACCACCUGAUGAACCGUUCAAUCGGCCAUAUCCUCAAAGAAGCAGGGUUUGAUCUAGCAGAUCCCGCUGCGUUGUCCAGCUUGCGCAGCGCUGCAGAUACAUAUUUGACUCGUAUAUCUACACAUGUUCGUCAGUCCAUGUUGGCAUCUCGUCGGAUUCAACCUAUUCCUCCAGACUUCGAGCACGCUCUUGGCCGCGUGAAAUUGUCUCCCGAUGACCUCCGUCCAUAUCUCAAAUCAUCGAAACCUGUUGUUCCUAUCCCCACACUACUCCCAUCACCUCCGCCGGAAGAUGAGCUCAAGCGCAAACUUCCAUUCUUGAAUGCUUUGCGCGGGGAAGAAACUGUUACCAACCGCUCCUACAUCCCGAAACAUUUUCCCGACUUCCCAAGCAAACACACAUACUCCGCCACCGCAGUAUUCACCGAACGAGACGGCGACCCACGCAAAAUUCGUGAGCGUGCAGCUGAAGAUGGUCGUCACGGUGAAGAGGCGUUGCGCAAGCUGGCUAGUGCCGCGUUCCGUGACAAUCCGACCAGCUCAAGUGGCAAGGAUAAGAAGCUAUGGGGUCGGCGCAUGGAGAGCAUGGAGACCAUGUUUGAGAAGACAGUUAAGGGACUUGCGAAGAAACUCCAAAAGGACCAGAAAGAUCCGUCUGCUCCUGCGCUCGGUUCUGCUAUGGAUAUUGACUCGGGCAAACCAGGGGAUGGAGACGGGAAAGCUCGCUCACAGGCGUCAUGGCAUUUGGAAAUGGGACCUAUCGUCAACUGCGAGCGGGACUUCUGGCGUCGUCCGGCGACAGGUUCGCGGAGCAAGGAUGAGAAAGCAUCAAAGCCUUCUGCUAGCGCUGAGCCAGUAAAUGUUAUGGGCACAUAA